UGAGUCCAUUACAGAGCUUUGUUUACAAAUUUGUAGGGAAGUAUACGCCAGACCACAAGCAUGUCCAAAGACUCCAAAUCAAGUACCAAGAUGCGUACGCCCAAGUCUGAGAGAACUCCCGAAGAACAGGCAAGGAGGGACGCGAAAAAAGCUGCAAAGAAGGCCGCUAAACUUGCCGAAGUUGUUCCAGAGCCCAGACCUGAAGGAAGCCAAGCGGAAGAAGCAGAGAUGGCUCCUACUGCGGAAGGGGUACCUACUUCUCCCGAGACAAAGAAGCGAAAGCGAGAGGUUGUUGUGGAAGGUGAAGAGCUCGAAAUCGAUGUCUCAGCGCCUGCACCUCUUUCCAAAGCUGAACUUCGUGCGGCACGAAAAAAGGCCAAGCGUGGGGACGCUGUCCCCUACGCUCCCAAGGUUAGAGAUUACGAAAAGGUUCCCAAAUCAAAAGUACAAUCAGAAGAAGGUAACGAGGGGGAAAAGGACGUCUCUGGUUCAGGCAAAAGACAAAACUCGGUGUGGAUUGGAAAUUUGGCCUUCAAGACUACACCUGAAGGACUAAAGGAAUUCUUGGAAAAGGGUGUAACGGAGCUCGGAGGCAAGGGAGAGGGGAGCGUCACAAGAGUCAAUUUGCCGAAGAAAAGCAAUAAAGCUGGGUUCUCCGAGAACAAGGGCUUCGCCUAUGUUGACUUUGCUACCCCUGAGCUUCAGGAGCUUGGUGUUCAACUGAGCGAACACAAUUUCGAAGGCCGCCGCCUUCUCAUCAAAAAAGGUGAUGACCAUAACCCGACUGCCAACGCUCGUACACCCAAACCCCUCUCUACCAAGGCUCAAGACAUUGGCUCUUCUUCAAAGCGACCAGAAACUUCCACUUUAUACAUGGGUAACCUCCCCUUCGAUGCCACGGAGGAAGCUUUACGUGAUCUCAUCGAGAGCAACGCUCCCGAUAGGGAAAUUGUAGACGAGGAAGGUGCGGAGGAGAUUGGUGCCAGGGGUGGCAAGAAGAGCGGUUUGAAGAAAGUUAGACUAGCUGCUUUCGAGGAUACUGGAAGGUGUAAAGGAUUUGCGUUCCUUGACUUUAUUUCUGCUAGACACGCCAAGUUCUCUCUCGGCAACAGGAAGAACCACUUUUUCAAUGGGCGCAGACUAAAUCUUGAAUUUGCUUCUGAAGAAGCAGCUAAGCGCAGUGGUGUUGCUCGACCCAAGGAGAAGACUAAGGAAAAGUACAAUAAACACCGAGCAGGGCCUGGUGUGGAUGACGAAUCGACCGAAAACGCUACUGAAAAUUCAGGCGACAAGCGUGGUAAGAAAUGGGAGAGCAGCGGAAGACCUCGACCUGGUGCAGCUUUGGCCAUGGCCAAGAGAGAGAACGUUGCGAUUGUGGAAGGUGCAGGACAGAAAAUCACUUUCGAUUAGACUUUAUCUUGUUGUGCCAUAUGUAUGUGUUUCUAUCAUUAGCUGAUAGCUUUCCUAAAGACAUUUUAAUCACGCGCUUGAUCCUCUUGACUUUUAAUAAUGUCCAAUAGUGGUUUACAAUGC